GGCGGCGGCGCUACGGCGGGCGGGAGUUUCCGCCGACGGCCCGGGCGCGCCGGAAGCGGCGCCGGAGGUGCGGGGCGGCCGCGGAGCUGCCGCGCCACGGGAGUGAGCGGAGGGUUAGUGAAUGGAUCUUCAGCAGGAGAGUUGCUAAAACUGACAGAAAAUGGCGUAUCGAAGAGAUGAAAUGUGGUCUGAAGGGCGAUAUGACUAUGAGAGACUUCCAAGAGAACGUCUCCCUCCAAGGAUGCAUGGUGAUGGCGAUUACCACAGGAUAGUCAACAUUGUGCCCAAGAAGCCCCCGCUGCUGGACAGGCCUGGGGACGGGAAUUACAGUCGCUAUGACGACUACGGUCACGCUGAGUACCGAGACUAUGACGAGGCUCGGGCCUUCGCCCAUGACCGCAGAAGCGGCCCUCCGCACCGAGGUGUACGUAAGGAUGAAUCAGGAUACAGAUGGGCAAGGGAUGGUCAUCCUACAAGACCUGAAUACAGGGAUGUCAGAGACGGCUUCCGAAGAAAAAGCUUCUAUUCUUCUCAUUAUGUGCGAGAUCGAUCCCCUCACAAGAGGGACUCUCCCUUCUUCAGGGAAUCGCCGGGGAGCCGGAGGGAUUCUCCUCACAGCAGAUCUGGCUCUAGUGUCAGCAGCAGGAGCUACUCUCCUGAAAGAAGCAAAGCCUACCCUUUCCACCAGCAUAGCAGAAGUAUGUCAUCUUUACAUAAAAGAAAUAUUUCUUCUCAGCAAGGUAAGGAGAGGACAGUUCAGUCACUGAAAACAUCAAGAGAUGCAUCACCUUCAGGGUCCACAGCAGUGCCUUCAUCAAAGGCUUUGGAGAAGAGCAACAGACUGUCAGAAAAGGAACUUGCAGAAGCUGCAAGCAAGUGGGCAGCUGAAAAGGCAGAGAAGGUCGAGGAAAGCAAUUUAACUGAAAUAACAGAGUAUGAUGCUGGAUCUUCAGCUCCAUUAUACAUUGAGCAAACAGAGGAAACAGAAGUAAAUCUAAUGGAGAGUGCAGAAUUAUACGAGGACAGCCAGCUUCUGGGUCGUUCAAAAGCAAUUGCAGCUAAGACAAAGGAGAUUGAACAGGUCUAUCGACAAGACUGUGAAACCUUUGGCAUGGUAGUGAAGAUGCUAAUUGACAAAGAUCCAUCCUUAGAGAAGUCCAUUCAGUUUGCCCUGAGGCAGAAUUUGCACGAAAUAGGUGAGCGGUGCGUUGAGGAACUCAAACACUUCAUUGCUCAGUACGAUGCUGCCAACCAAGAGGUAUCAGAGUCCUUCAAAGAGGGCUCAUACUGAGGACAAAGACACACUUUUACAUCCUCUGCAUCGUGUCUGCCAUAGUUUGUAGAUCUGCUUUCUGUGGGGAGAGAGGAGCUCCUGUUGGAGGUUUGAACCCAAGGCCUGUGCUCCUUUGUAGUAGCUCCUGUGGCUGCUCCCUUGUCAACUGUGGUCUCCAUGAUUGUAUUCAUCCUACCUGUUCUUGUUGACAUACAUUCCUUUGAAAGGAUGUUCUUUUCAAAAAUGCUGUAAAGCAACAAAGUAUCUUUGAAACCUUACACAGUUACCUUGGAAAAAUGUUCAGUCUGAUGUCUGUACACUUACAUUUUGAUGCUUAUAAGUGUAACUUGAAACAUUGUAUUUUUUAUUAAAAUUACAUUAAGCCGCUCUCAUUCCUCAAGUUAUGCACAAAUGUCUUGUUAUCAUACAUACUAUAGGAAGGGAAAACUUGCAAAAUUGGUCACAAUUAUGAUUUAAAUUAUUCAUUCUGGUUUAAUUUAAAACUUCGGGUGAAUUCUGUAAAAUUGCACCAGGGAGACUAGAGAUCUCUGACUGCCAGAGCAAUUAACUACUUGAUGUAAGAAGUGCUGUAUUUUUGUUCUAAUUGCAGGUUCUACAAAUGCCUUUUAAAUUUUGGUGUUUUCCAUAUCAUGCCUCAUUAUUAGUAAGCAGUAUUAUGUAGGAUGGAUUCAAUUUUUUGUUACUGUUUUCUCUGUUUUUGACGACACUGUACAGAAUGUAGCUGUAGGCAGCCACUGAGCUGGGAAAGGUCACUUUUCCUACUCUAUCACUCUCCCCACUUAUAACUUUUUAAGCCUUUUCAUCCAUCAGUUUUAACAAUAAGGAGGCUGUGUGUAAUCUGUAUUUCCAGCUUCAAGAAGGAGCAGGAAUUGGGGUGUCAGGAAUAGGCAAGGAAAGUGAGCAGGACCAUCUCUCCAGUAAACCCAGGUUGCUUUGGAUGAGGGGUAAUACAGAGUUUAUCCCUAAGGCCACAAUUCACUAUCAUUUCAAACCUAGAUGAUUCUGGUUAGUGUCUGGCACCAUUUUUGACCUGAGAACAACUUGUUUGGGAACAGUGGCUGAGGAAAGCCAAGAGGUUCCCAGUGAAAAAUAUUUAGGACUCGGUGGAAUCCUGAUUAGUAAGGUAUCCUGAUUUAUUAAGGUACUGUUUUUUUUAUGAACAAUUUAGGAAAGGGAUAAUUUGAAUUAUAAUCACAAAGAGGUACGUACAAGCAUGAUUGUUUUGUAUAAAUUUGCAUUUACAAUAUGUGAAACUCUGCAAAAGGACUAAUAACCAAACUCACUAUUUCCAGAUUUCAUCAGAAUGGUGUGCAGAAACAUGAAGGAAGUAGCAAUGAUUUUGCAUGUACAAGGCACUGUAUGUAUCACAGCAUCUUACACAUGCAAAUCUUGAUGUGAUAUAGUAAAUAUGUAUUGCAUCAGACUCCUGAGAUGUCUGGUUGGUUCUCAUGUCAGAAAGGGGAGGUUUUGGAGUUGGCUUUUCUUGUUUUCUAAGAGUUCACAUUGCUCCAAGGAGAUGACGUGCAACUACCCUUGGUAGCACCUGGGAUUGUGUGGGCUGCACAAGGAGUGGGAAUCAGCUCAUGGAUCCUACAGGAUGCUGAUUUGGGAAGGGAGAAGAGAGGAAGAGAGGCAAGCUAUUGUGAGAUAGUAGUGACACCUCACUUGCCCCUUCUGGAAACAACUUGGUUUACUGAGAUGAGUCAAAGUCUUCUCUGAUGCAGAAGUGUAACUGCAGCACUUCACUACUUGCCUACAGGACGGAGAGCCUUCAGGAUGUUACAUCUGAGUUUCUACUUUGGGUUAGAAAUGCUAAUGCAAAAAGUAAAAUUGUGUGUAAUAUAUUUUUUAUUAAAAAUCUCCAUUGUUACUGUA